AUGGGAGCCCGUAAUGCCGAGAGAGCACGCACAGCCAUUGAAGACAUCCAGAAGCAGGUACCCAACUCAGCGUCUAUCAAGUUCCUCCUUAUGGACCUUGGAUCCUUUGCAAGCAUCUCCGAAGCUGCCAAUAACUUCCGAAAGCAAUCAUCGCGCCUCGACAUUCUAAUGCUGAACGCUGGCAUUAUGAUCACUCCUGCUGGACUAACCGAUGAUGGAUAUGAGAUCCAGUUUGGUACCAACCAUAUGGGGCAUGCUUUAAUUACCAAACUAUUGCUGCCUACUCUUCUCAACACAGCCGCCCGGCCAAACUCCGACGUCCGCGUCGUUGUUCUUUCUUCCGAAGCCCAUAAUAUGGCGCCAGAUAAAGGAAUUCUGUGGGAUACACUGAGAACGGAAGCCAAGGACAUCACAACCCGUGCUCGAUAUGGACAGAGCAAAGUGGCCAACAUUCUUUAUGCUCGGGAGCUCAGUAAACGGUAUCCUCAAAUCAAGGCCGUCUCUGUUCACCCCGGUUUGGUAAAGACGAACUUGGGCCACGAAUCAGCCAGUAAGAGCCUUCUGUUGAGAACCGCCUUUACUGUUGCGAGGGCAGUUAUGGGUGUCGACGUAGCUACUGGGGUGCUAACCCAGCUAUGGGCAGCCACGGGCAAAGGUGUCAAGGCUGGAGAGUAUUAUGAGCCUAUCGGAGUUACAGGUCGUGGCAGUAGGUGGACCACGGAUGAGGAGUUGGCGGAUAGGCUGUGGAAAUGGACUGAGAAUGAGAUUGACAGUUAUAACGCAGAGGACUGA